AACAACCAUAUGACUAAUAAAGUAAAAAGGUAAUAACCCAGAGAAAAGAAAGAAAGAGAAGAGAGACGAACGGGAAGGAACGAUAACCAAAGCCAAAGGCAUGUUUUUCGGUGGUCGUGCGGUGUCGUUGUUGCCAAUAAUCUUGGUACUAUGUUUAACGAGUAACAGUAAUAUUUUGCCAGUUGUGGAAGCUAUAUGGUUAACGAUUCCAAGUUCAGGAACCAAGUGUGUUUCGGAGGAGAUCCAAAGCAACGUUGUCGUUUUAGCAGACUACAACGUCAUCGAUGAAAACAACCCUGAUCACGUCCCCACCGUCUCUGCCCGGGUAACAUCUCCUUUUGGAAACAAUCUUCACCACAAUGAAAAUGCAACUCAUGGUCAGUUUGCGUUUACAACUAGUGAGGCAGGCAACUAUCUGGCUUGUUUCUGGAAGGAUGGCAGUCAUCAACAAGAUGCUGAACUAACUCUGGGCCUUGACUGGAAAAUUGGAAUUGCUGCCAAGGAUUGGGAAUCAGUUGCAAAGAAAGAGAAGAUAGAGGGUGUUGAACUUGUCCUAAGCAGACUGCAAGGAGCAGUGGAAGCCAUCCAUGGUAACCUAAUCUAUCUCAAGGACAGAGAAGCAGAGAUGAGGGAAGUCAGUGAAAGAACAAAUGCAAGAGUGGCAUGGUUCAGUAUCAUGUCUCUUGGUGUCUGCAUCGUGGUUUCAAUUGUCCAGCUAUGGUACUUGAAGCGCUAUUUUCUAAAGAAGAAGCUCAUCUAGAUUCUAAAACUUAAAUACACUACAUCCUUGUCAAAGUCUGAAGAACAGAACCAAAAAAAAAAAAAAAAAGAUAGAUUACACUUCAUUCUUGUUGUUGUACCAUAGAGGGCUUCUUUCAUUUCCUUCUGAUUUGAGUGUGAAGAUGGUGGUGGUGUGGAGGAAUAUCUCCAUAGAUGGACAAAUUUUGAAUGCAAUAGUGAGAGAGAAAAAAAAGGAAAAUGUCAUGAUUGUGGGGAAGCUGGGAGCAUGACCCUGCAUCCAUGUUUAAAGCAAUGAUUGCCAUCAUUGCUGUAGCUCCAGCUCUAUUUCGGAUACAGAUUUAUAGACUAAUGCAAACUCUUGUUGAAUGCC